UGUUUUCGACACCGAGCGGGAGUUGACGGCAGCCGCUGUGGUGAAAGGCAGGAAGGGGCAGGCCGGUUAGCAGGCGGACGGGCCAACCGGACAGCCAGCCAACAGCAAAGAACUAACCUAGAAAUCUACCGCUUAACACAUCUAACUAACCGCCCACCAAGUUAACCCGAGCCCCUCCACCGUCAACUCAGGUUCGGCCGGCCCCCGGCCCGCCUGCCGCAGCCGUGGUGGCAGCCCCGGGAGGAGCACUGGCGUCCGUUUCCUUCGAUCAGUGGUUCUCAGUUGUGGCUGCACAAGAGAAGCACCGAGGUAGACUUCCCCCCCCCUUCGAGAUUCUCGGGAUUUGAAGAUGGCUGCACAGUCAGCGCCGAAAGUUGUGCUAAAAAGCACCACCAAGAUGUCUCUAAAUGAGCGCUUUACUAAUAUGCUGAAGAACAAACAGCCGAUGCCAGUGAAUAUUCGGGCUUCGAUGCAGCAACAACAGCAGCUAGCCAGUGCCAGAAACAGAAGACUGGCCCAGCAGAUGGAGAAUAGACCCUCUGUCCAGGCAGCAUUAAAACUUAAGCAGAAGAGCUUAAAGCAGCGCCUGGGUAAGAGUAACAUCCAGGCACGGUUAGGCCGACCAAUAGGGGCCCUGGCCAGGGGAGCAAUCGGAGGACGAGGCCUGCCCAUUAUCCAGAGAGGCUUGUCCAGAGGAGGACUUCGUGGGGGACGUGCCACAAGAACCCUACUUAGGGGCGGGAUGUCGCUCCGAGGUCAAAACCUGCUCCGAGGUGGACGAGCCGUAGCUCCCCGAAUGGGCUUAAGAAGAGGUGGUGUUCGAGGUCGUGGAGGUCCUGGGAGAGGGGGCCUAGGGCGUGGAGCUAUGGGUCGUGGCGGAAUCGGUGGUAGAGGUCGGGGUAUGAUAGGUCGGGGAAGAGGGGGCUUUGGAGGCAGAGGACGAGGCCGUGGACGAGGGAGAGGUGCCCUUGCUCGCCCUGUACUGACCAAGGAGCAGCUGGACAACCAACUGGAUGCAUACAUGUCAAAAACGAAAGGACACCUGGAUGCUGAGUUGGAUGCCUACAUGGCUCAGACAGAUCCCGAAACCAAUGAUUGAAGCCUGCCCACCCUCCUGUGAGACUCUUGUUAAAGUCACACAUCUGUAAAUAACCUUGAGAUAACAGAUGAGAAGAAACUUGAUUGAUGCUGGAAGGACCUACCAUAAUAGGCUAUGGACUGACUCGCCACCAGUUUGUGCAUUUAGUGUGUUCCUUUUACUUUUUGAUACUGUGUUGUAUGAAACCCUUUUUUUCUCUGACUUGGGUUUUGUUUUAUUGUCGUUUGGGUUUUUUUUUCCUUCGCCCAGACUUCUCUUCGAACAUGAAUGUGUUGGCCUUGUGGCUAGUACACCCUCUUCCCCACUCUGCCUUCGCUCACUUGUCAUAUGCUUUGGCAUUCUGACAUUUCCUCUGUUCAUCUCCUGUGAAAAAGUCCCAGAAAGAGCCCAUCAAUGUCCCUGCUUAAUAUCUAGGUUUCUGAGAUACAGUUCUGUUCUGCAUCAUCUUUAAAGAGCCUCUUAAAAGUGUUUAGAAAAUGUGGAGCUCAAAAAUGCAUUCUGCCACGCUGAUGUUUUAGUAAAGUAAAUUAGGAACUCUGACAUAGCUACAGGGCCACCUAACAAGUUACACACGGUAGCAGCUCUGAUUUAAUUAGUUAUUACCAUGUACAUUUACACCACAUAACCAGUGUACUGGGUCAGGUAUGUGCACUUUCUACCCUGGAAUGAGAUUUAUAAACUUUUCCUCUUGGCUUUGCAUCAUGCCCAAAGAGGGUAUUUUUGGAUUGGCUUACACCUGCAAAAGAGUGGGGAAAGCCAUUUGGUUUGGCAGAUGCUUCAGAAGAGAGAGGACUGGAAAUUGAUGGCAGAUAUCUGGUGGGAGGGGUCAGAAGAUAUCCAUGCUGAAAUGCUGUUAUGUUUAUACCAGGCCGAUCUUGGGCUUCAUUCAUUGACUUUGACCCUUAUUCCCCUUGAAGGUUUAAUUAAGUUCAACCAUAUUCUGUCAACUGUUCCAGUUUCAGUAGAAUCUUUUGUUUCUGGUUCAUUAUAACAAAUUGUUCUCUGAAA